AAUUGAUAAAGAUUUGUCAUUAGUCUCCAUCAUGGUGCAAAUCGAAACGUACGUCUUCAUCGAUCUGGAGACGACCGGUCUACCAAACUUGCAGAAUAAUGAGACUAAAAUUACUGAACUCAGUAUGGUGGCUGUUAGCCGGACAGCGUUGUUGAGCGCCACCCGUUUGGCCCUGCCGCGAGUGAUUAAUAAGUUUACUAAGUGCCUAAACCCUCAACGGCAGAUCGAUCAAGUCAGUUCAAAAAUAACAGGGCUGACCAACGACCUACUCGAGAAUGAAACAGCAUUCAACUUGAAUGUAUUCAACACCAUCAAUAGUUAUCUGGAACUCUUCCAAAAGCCGGUAUGUUUAAUAGCACAGAAUGGGCAUACCUUUGACUUUCCUAUUCUAAAGUAUCAUUUUGAGUUGUUGAAUUGCGCUCUACCCAAGGAUAUACUGUGUGCUGAUAGUCUUUACGCAUUUUAUGACCUGGGAAAAGAUGAACCUGCAUUUUUACCAAUUUCUAAUAGAGAACUAGCAUCUAGAAAACGACCCCAUGACACAGUAAAUGAUUCAAGCAAAGAGGGCACUUCAGGUAUAAACCAUAAACGAAAGUUCAUAGAGAAUGUACAGAAUCUUGAUAAUCAAUCGAAUGCUCCUCAUUCAGUGCAAGAGCAGAAUGAACAAAUACCAAAUAGGGCAGCCAACCCACCAAGGAGGAUUGUAAGAAGCAUUUUUUAUGAGAAUGAUCCGAAACCGAAUAUGCGCUUUAGACUUGAAGAUAUUUACAUAAGAGUUUUAGGAGUGGCUGCUCCAGAAGCACACAUGGCUGAGAAUGAUUGUACCAUGGCUAUACAAAUAGCCAAUGACUAUGGCCAACGCUUUGUGGACUGGGUUGCGGAUAAUCAAAUGCCCUUUGCUGAGGUAAAAGCUAUGAGAAAAGGUGCUAAACUGGGUUUCUAAUUUAUUGGUAAUCUAUGUUAAAAUUGUUGAAACACUAUUUCCUUACAAACUUUCAUAUUAUAUUGCGCAUAAGUCAUCAUCAACUCAUUGGCAACAUUCUUGACCAAGAGCUGUGG